CCCGGGAUUUCUCACGAGGAGGAGCAGCAGCGGCGCGUCCCCAGAUCGGGACUUUGGACCUUCGCCGGCCAGCUGUGGCAUGCCAAAAAAGAUAACUGCGCUCCCAGAGCACGGAGAUCCUCCUGCCUUCACAGCCCCAGAGCCAAGAUGGAAAAGAAAAACUCAGCUGGGUCGGAAGCAGAACGAGGCCCUGAGGCCACACAGGCAGGGAUCAGUGGGAAAAUCUGGGAAAGGUCUGUGGGAAAUAUUCUGGGUGAAGAUGCCACCAGCUCAGUAGCAGAGGUCCAUCACUUCAGGCGCUUUCGCUACCAGGAGGCUGAGGGGCCCAGAGAGGUUUGCAGCCGACUUCACCGUCUUUGCCACCAGUGGCUGAAGCCUGAAAGGCACAGCAAGAUGGAGAUCGUGGACCAGGUGAUCCUGGAGCAGUUCCUGGCCAUCCUACCCCCGGAGAUGGAGAGCUGGGUGAGGGGAUGCGGGCCGGAGAGCAGCUCCCAGGCGGUGGCCCUGGCAGAAGGCUUCCUCCUGAGCCAGGCAGAGGGCAAGAGUCAGGACCAGCAGGGGCUGUCAGAAGAGGCUGCUGAUUUCUGCGAGGCAGAAAAGGCGCCAUCCGACCUGAGGCAGGGGCCGCUGUUCUGGGGGACCACACAGGAGAGCGAGGGAGAUGGUGGAAGGACACUAGUGGAUGGAUCUGCAGCUUUGAGACUUUGUGGUGGACGUCAGGCAGCCUCUGCGCAGCCAGAUCAGGGUGUAGUGACUCUCGAGGAGGUGUCUGUCUGUUUCACCCAGGAGGAGUGGGCGCUGCUGGAUCCGGACCAAAGGACAUUGUACAGGGAAGUCAUGGUGGAGAAUCGCAGGAAUCUCGACUUUCUCGAGCACAAGUGCGUGAGAAUGGGAGAAGAAGAUAAAAAGGGAACUGAAGCAAUAUCAAAGUGGAGAAUGAAUUCCAUUGUUUCUGAAGAUGCCAAUUCCCCUGAAAUUCAAGUCCAGGAAGAAAGUUACAAAAGAAAUAAAACGAUUCUCACUCAAUGUGCUAAAAUCUCAACUAGGAAAUCAAGGUUUAGCUCACGUUUGCAAAUGCAAAAUCAGGGAAAUCAUGUGGAAGGGUCAGAGUGUGGGAAGAGCUUCAGCCUGGGCCAAGACCUUAUUUUACAUGAAAAACUGCACACCCAGGAAACGGUACAGUGUGAAAAAGAUCAAAAAAUGGAACACCUAACUCAACAACGAAGAGGGCACAUAAGGGAGAAACUUAAUAGAUGUCCAGAUGGCAGAAAGAGCUUCAGCCGUAGCUCAAAGCACUCUUCCCAUCAUAGAGGAGAGAAACCUAAUAAAUGUUCCGAUUGCGGAAAGAUCUUCAAAAGUAGGUCCUACCUUACUUUCCAUAAAAGAAUCCAUACAGGAGAGAAACCAUAUAAAUGCUCAGAAUGCGAGAAGAGCUUCAGAUGGAAAAGUGACCUUUCUGUUCACGAGAGAAUGCACAAUGCUGAAGAUGCAUAUAAAUGCUCAGAGUGUGGAAAAAGCUUGAAAUGUAGAGCAAGCAUUAUUUCCCAUCAAAGAAUGCAUGCAGGUGAGAAACCAUAUAAAUGCUCAGAGUGUGAAAAGAGCUUCAUCUGUAGGUCAAGUGUUAUUUACCAUCAAAGAAUCCAUGCAGGGGAGAAACCACAUAAAUGUUCAGAAUGUGGGAAAAGCUUCCAUCAUAAGGGCCAACUUACUUCCCAUCAAAGAAUCCACAGAGAGGAGAAAACUUAUCACUGCUCAGAAUGUGGAAAGAGCUUUAGUGGCCAUUCAGGCCUUGUUUAUCAUCACAGAAUCCACACAGGAGAGAAUCUAUAUAAAUGCUCAGAAUGUGAAAAGAGCUUUACUUCCCAUUCCGGUCUUGCUUAUCAUCUCAGAAUCCACACAGGGGAGAAACCAUUGAAAUGCUCAGAAUGUGGAAAGAGCUUUAGGUCCCAUUCCGGACUUGCUUAUCAUCACAGUAUCCACAAAGGGAAGAAACCAUAUGAAUGCUCCAAAUGUGGGAAGAACUUCAGUAAGAAGGCCAUCCUUAUGUCUCAUCAGAAAACUCACACAAGGGGGAAGACAUAAAAAAUGCUCAGAGUGUGGAAAGAAGUUCAGACGGAGUGACAACCUUACUUGCCAUCAGAGAAUGCACACAGGGUAGAAACUAUAAAUGCUUAGAAAGUAGAAAGUGCUUUAGUCAAAGAUGUACUCAAACUAUCCAUUAUAGAACUCACAUGGGGAAAACCUUAUAAAUAUUUGGAAUGUGUAGUGAGAUUCAAACAGAAUGUGCAGUUUACAUCCUAUUAAAAACCUGACAGCCCGUGAUAAUUCCUGGGAACUGGAAGAGCUUUUCUUGGCUGUUUGGUGUAGUGGUUAAGAGCACAGGACUCCCAUCUGGAGAACCGGGUUUGAUUCUCCACUCCUGCACUUGAAGCCUGCUGGGUGACCUUGGGUCAAUCACAGCUUCUAGGAGCUCUCUCAGCCCCACCCACCUCACAGGGCAUUUGUUGUGGAGAUAAUUAUGACAUACUUCGUAAACUGCUCUGAGUGGAUGUUAAGUCAUCCUUUCUUUUGAAUAAAUAUUUUAUUAGUUUUCUCAUAAAGAUAGGAAUAGGGGAAGGGGAAUGGGGAAAGGAAGGGCAACAGGAACAUCCUAAAGUCUGCUUGCAUCAGCAUUCUACUUAUCUACUUAUCAUAUCAUAUGUCACUCUACAAAUCCUUCAACUGUGAUUAGUAGUAACAGUUAUAAUAUUGCCUUCAUAUGUUUACUACAUUCAAGUCUUUAUAUUUGUUUUUAAUCCAGUUAUAAAAAGGAAUCCAAGAGGGAGCAAAAUCUUCUUCCAUCUGUCCUUUCGUUAGUGACUAGGGGUGUGCAAUUUGGGUAUAUGAUACCCGAAAAAAACCCGAAACAGGUUGUUUCGGGUUUUUCUGAAACGUUUCAGAAAACCCAAAAUGUUUAGGGUAAUCCGAAACAGCAAUUUCUGAAACGUUUCGGUAUUUCAGCUUGUUUUAGUAAUGCAUUUCAAUGGGAAAAAGCCUCCCCCAGGCUUCCCGGCAGCCUGGGGGAGGCAUUUUCCCACUGACUCAAGCCAAACUUGGUGGGGACCUUACUCUAACCCCCCUCUAACAACCCCCCAAGUUUCAGAAAGAUUGGACUUUUGGGGGCCAAGUUAUGGCCCCCCAAAACAGGUCCCCCUAUCCUCGCCCAAUAGGGAAAGGUUUUUACUUGCUGCUGCUGAUCUCUUACUUUGUGGAUGCUGCUGCUGAUCUCCAUGUUUCCUAUGGAGGAAAAAUGAAGAGGCAGGCUUGUCUUUCUAGGGGGGCAUUUUGCAUGCAAAAUGCCCCCAACCCUCAGGGGCCCUUCUCCUACCUUUCCUCCCACCCCUCACCAAAGCGCAGCCUGCUCCCACUUGGGGGGGGCAUUUCAUGGCCUCCCAAAGUAGGUGCUCUCAGCCCCCAAAGUCCACUCUGUACAGCCCCACACAUACCCAAUUCUCCCCCAGCUGCCACACACAGAUCCAGAUCCCCACAGUAGCUCCUCACAGGCCCAAAUCCAGCCCCAGCAGCCCCACACAAUCCCAGGAACAGGCUGGCCAGCCUUCUCCCUUUAUUUCCUAUGCUGUGAACUAUAACACUCUGUUUUCCAGAGCAAAUGUGCACAGUCCAGGGAUGCCACAAUGGUGGGCACACUUCUGUGUGCCAGCUUGUCCCUGUGAAAGAGCACCUGAACCACAGACACCCUCCUUCAAAUUCCCCCACCACCUACAGAGAUGGCUGGCCAGCCAGCCCCAUUGUUCUCUAUGAUGGGAACCAACUGGACAACAAAGAAUAAAACACAAACAACACAAAGUUUUUAAAAAAACAUUUAUCACUUUCAAAGUACAAGUAGGCAAAGCAUUAUGACACAUUACACCAGCAGUCCCCCACACAGAAAAGUAACAUGACUCACUUAACAUCAGAGAAUCACAGAAACACAAUUCCUGUCAAAAACACUUUAUUUCUUGAACAGCUUUACGUUACACAGCAGGGGGGCACACCAAAGGGCAUUCCAGCAUUCCACCUCACAAAAAUAACACAACUCACUUAACAUCAGAGAAUCACAAAAACACAAUUGCUGUCAAAAAAGGUGAAAUGGGCUGUUUUAUUUUGUGUAGUAUGCUGCUUUCGUGCCCUGUUGUGCCCUCCUACUGUGUAACCUAAAAUAG